GUUCAGCAUUUCUACAUUUGCUCACUCACGGUGUCUCCCUCCAAGGUGUCUUACCCGGGAUGUAAGACAAGAAACGGAGCAAAACCCUCUCCGUAGAGCGUCAUGCUGUCCGUAAAGUAGGAAAGAGCCAGCGAACGCCGUCCUUCCUUCCCCCGGCUCCCUGCCACCUCGUGGGGGGAAAUGAGCGGAAGGCCGAAGCCAAGAAGGGGGGCCAGGUUUUUUAGAGGUCAUUCUGAAGAAGCCAGCGUCAGCGGUGGACUCAGUGAUGUGCUCCGGGGGCACGGACGACCUGACUUCAGUGGGUUAACCCAGUCAUGGAAGAUUGUCAUAAGCACAGUGUCCAUGGUGACCCUUCUUCUUAUAGGGCUUGGGAAUCACAUGUGGCUGAAAGAAACGGAGUUUCCUCAGAAAUCCAGUCACUUUUAUGCUCUAAUUGCAGAAUGCGGUUCCAGACUUUAUAAUUACCAGGCCAGACUUCGUAUGCCAAAGGAGCACCUGGAGCUUUUAAAGAAGGAAAGCCAGACUCUGGAGAACAACUUCCAAGAAAUUCUAUUUUUGAUUGAACAAAUAGAUGUUCUGAAGGCUUUGCUUAGAGAUACGCGAGAUGGUCUGCACAACUACAGCGGGGACACGGACGGAGGCGAGGACCGGAACCCCAUGGGGGCCAUCGACGAGGAAAUGUCAAACUUGGUGAAUUCCAUCCUUAAAAAGUUGAGAGAAGACCAAGUCCAGAUGGCUGACUAUGCCCUUAAGUCAGCAGGGGCCUCUGUCAUUGAAGCUGGGACCUCCGAAAGUUACAAAAAUAACAAAGCAAAACUUUACUGGCAUGGGAUCGCGUUCUUAACCUAUGAAAUGCCCCCAGAUGUUAUUCUUCAGCCGGAUGUCCAUCCUGGAAAGUGCUGGGCCUUCCCAGGUUCCCAGGGUCACGCCCUGAUCCAGCUCGCCAGGAAGAUCACACCUACUGCUGUUACCGUGGAGCACAUCUCCCAGAAGGUGUCUCCCUCAGGAAACAUCUCCAGCGCACCCAAGGAAUUUUCCGUCUAUGGCAUCUUGAAACACUGUGAGGGAGAAGAAAUUCUCCUGGGUCGGUUUGUGUAUAACAAAACAGGAACCACCAUUCAAACAUUCAAGCUCCAGCACGAAGUUUCCGAACCUUUAUUAUGUGUGAAACUUAAAAUCCUCAGCAACUGGGGUCACCCGAAGUACACGUGUUUGUAUAGGUUCAGGGUCCACGGCACCCCAGGAGAGUACCCCUAGAGGAAGCCAGGCAGACGGCCGUGACCACAGGUCCAGAAUAUGUGACUCGUCUUACUUCCUUAGAUUCAUCGCAUCCAUAGGCAUCAAAAUGGGGGUGGGAGGGGAACCUC